CAAGUUAGAGAGAAAGCUGGGGAAGGGGGGUUUUGGACAAGUAUUCGUGGGAAGAAGAGUGGCUGGUGGUAUCACUGGAACUGGGCCUGAUGCCUUUGAGGUUGCUUUGAAGUUAGAGCAUAAAAAUAGUAAAGGCUGCAGUCACGGUCCUCCAUAUGAGUGGCAAGUGUACAGGUCAUGGACAUGCUUGGCCCAAGUUUAUGGGUUCUUUGGAACACUAAUAACCAAAUGUUGUCUGAAGAUACAGUUGCUUGUAUAGCAGUGGAGGCUAUAUCAAUUCUAGAACAGCUUCAUUUCAAAGGUUUUGUGCAUGGAGAUGUUAAACCUGAAAACUUUUUGCUUGGUCUGCUCGGAACACCUAAUGAGAAGAAGUUGUAUCUUAUUGAUCUUGGUUUGGCAUCAAAAUGGAGAGAUUCAUCAUCUGGUCGUCAUGUUGAAUAUGACCAAAAGCCAGAUGUUUUUAGGGGAACUGUACGCUAUGCGAGUGUACAUGCUCAUUUAGGUAGAACAGGGAGACGUCAGGAUGAUCUUGAGUCGCUAGCUUAUACCUUGGUAUUUCUUCUUAAAGGAAAACUUCCCUGGUAGGGCUACGUUGUGAGUUAAUUUCAGUUUCCAUUUAACAUUUCCAGUUGAAACAUCUUAUUUUGCUGACCUUUUUUGUUUUUUUUUUAAUGCUUUGGUAAAUUAUUGAGAUGCAGGGUGACAAUAAAGGGUUCCUUGCCUGUAAGAGAAAGAUGGCAACUUCCUCUGACACAUUAUGCUGCUUGUGCCCUCCUCAUUUUCAAAAAUUCCUUGAGAUAGUGACCAACAUGAGAUUCGAUGAAGAGCCCAAUUAUUCAAAGCUUAUUUCUCUUUUUGAUGGCAGCAUAGCUCUUAAAGCGUCUCUGCGACCAAUCAGAACUGAUGGGGUAGCUAAGUUUGGUCAAAAAAGAGGAAGAUCACUUGUGGAGUUAGAAGAUGGUGGGCAGCCUAGGAAGAACGUUCGAUCAGGUAGUCCAGUCUCUCAGUGGAUCUCAGUAUUUAAUUACAGAUCAACAAUGAAGCAGAGGUAGUUGAUGCAGCUCUCCGUCUCUUUUUCUAUUUUUCAUUAUCUUGUUCUUUGUCUCCUUUCAUAUUUUAUGUUUUUAAGAUAUUGGCAUGCUAGAAAUACACUAUG